AUGGAGAGUGAUAAGUAUAUUAUUGAAACGGAUGUUCUUGAUCUUCUAGCCAGAGAAGGAAUGGAUGCUGCACGUAAGGAGAUCCUCCUACGCAUGCAGAAAGUUCAGGAGGAAAUCUUAGAGCUUUGUUUAACAAAUCAAAGGGAGUCUCUUUACACUAGUAACGUAAAUGAUGCCGCGAAGGAUUGUCCGCAGAUUCCACCUACAACAGUCGAGUGGCUUAAGACUAGCUGGGAGGACAUUCUAUCAAAGAUCUGUCAAGCAGUCAUUCCACAAAGUCUAGUAACUGAAAGUUCUGUCCUCAUGUACGAUAGAUGCAUUUCAACUCUGCUGCUGGCCGUUAGCGUGGUAACUAAGGGUCCGAUAGUUGCUACACGGGUCACGAUCUCCCACCUGAGCAACGCGCUCUUAGUACUUAUCAAUAGGGCGACUUCUGAGGGUCAAGAAGCACCAAUAUUUACUCUAGGCAUCCUUUCAGAAGCUUUUUAUGGUGUCACAAUGCGUAUCCAGGAAGCAGCUGGAACACCAAUUGUAGAGGAUGAGAGUGACACUACCAGGCAUCCACUUUGUCCAUUAGAAAGGUACCAUGUACAUCUCACCAAGCUUCCAUCACAUAGCUCGUCCUUUAUUACAUAUGCUGAUGACAGCUAUGGAGUCCUCUACAAGCUGGUGGAGUGGGGAGAUACCAGUCCCGCGCUUCUCACGGCUGUUUGCGGUAACAUUUAUCUAUCUUUAGGCCCUCCCAAUAACUGCAUAUAA